AUGGCUGAGGCAACGUUGCCGGCUGCUCGUAAAGAGGCGGAGCUUUUUGACUUGACCGCUGUGGUCAAAGCCUGGGCCAUCAACUCAUUCUACGCAGCAGCGGACAAAAAGCAAAAGAAGCUGAAAGUGACCGAAAUCGAAUUCAAAGUCAUUUGGGAUGACGUUGUGUGCUGGAGCGAACCACCCACCUUCACGGAUAGCCAUUCUGUACAGCUGCCAAAAUGCCACGCUCUCUUCAGCACCAGCUACCGAAACAAAACCGACGGCGUUCAGGAGUACAACUUUCGCACCGACAGGUCCACACGCUCCACGGCAGAAAUCGAAAUCACCAAAGGCUUCACAGCUCAUCGAGAACUAGGCGUCAAGUUUCAGCUUCCAAACCAAGUUCUCGAGGCAAACGCUGGCUUUUCCAAGGAAAUCUCCCUCAGCAAGACAAUUCACCAGUGCUUUGAAGAGGAAAUGACCUGGGGCAUCGACACACGCGUGGAAGUCCAGCCAAAGUCCACCGCCAACGUUGAGGUCAACAUAAUUGAGCAGCGGAUGACUUGCCAGUUUGCCGUGGACACGCGGAUGCGAGGUCGAGUUCGCGCCAUCUGCCUGGAAUGCAAGCGAAACAACGCCUUCCUCAUGUCCAUCGAGGCAGACCUUGGCGAGGUCGUCAAAGCCCACCUCGACAAACGCCAGCCCUCGUCGACGCCGAAGUUGACCAAUGUCAAAGUCGAGGAUGGCACGCCGAAGACUGUUGUCAUAACAACCGAAGGGAGGUGCGCGUUCCGAUUUGGCGUGAAGCAGGACGUGGAGGUAAAUCAAAUCGCUGCUCCCUAUCCCAAUGAGAACUAA